UAGCCAAGAUGCGUUUUGAUAGUAUUUUACGUCAUAUCGGCGAAUUUGGGCCGUACCAGAAAAGAAUCUAUUUCUUGGUCUGUCUUCCUGGAAUUACCCAUGGAAUUCGAAUGAUGAUAACAGCUUUCAUGCAAUUUGUUCCCGAACAUAGAUGUGCCAUACCGGGAUUAGAUAAUGACACCUUUGCUGUUCAAUCCGAAUACCAUCAGAAACUGAUUAACGAGACUAUACCCUAUGAAGAAUUAGAUGAUGAAUACAAGGUCGCUAGAUGUGAACUUUACAGACCUGGUACUUACCAAUAUGACAGUGUGGAAAUGACAGGACCAUCAAAGAGAUUAUGGACAGGUGUUAUUAUUAAAUAUCACUUUGCAAUUGGUAUAGUUGUUUUGGCGUUAAUGGGUUACCUUAUACGUAAUUGGAUUAUACUAGAGAUUGUCGCCACAGCACCGUUACUAUGUUAUUUAUCGUAUUAUUGGAUUGUUCCAGAAUCUCCAAGAUGGUUAAUUAGUAAAGAACGACCCGAAAAAGCCAUGAAAAUCAUUGAAAAGAUCGCAAAAGUCAAUAAAACCAAAGUACCUCAAACAACUCUAGAAGCUGAUGAUGAUAAAGAAAAAACAAGUCAGCUAAAAAGUUUUAUUGCUCUUUUUACUCAUCGAGUUUUGUUCUUUAGAACAAUUAUUAUUUUCUUCAAUUGGAUGGUUGUUGCCAUGACCUAUUAUGGAUUAUCUAUGAACACCGACAAUUUAGGAGCUGGGAGUCUUUUCUUGAACUUCUUUAUAGCUGGACUGAUGGACUUUCCCGCUGUUACUGUCUGCCUGAUUCUAUUGGACAGAAUUGGACGAAAGAAACUUCACUGUGGUUUUAUGAUACUUGGGGGCGUAUCUUGUGUUUGCACCAUCUUUACAAUAUUAUAUCUAAGUAAAGAGUUACAAUGGAUAACAGUAAUGUUAGCCAUGAUAGGUAAAAUGGGAUCAGCAGCAGGUUUUGCUGUAGUUUAUGUUUAUUCCGCUGAGCUAUACCCAACUGUAGUGCGAACAGCAGCAUUUGGUGCCAGUUCAGCUUGUGCUAGAUUUGGUAGUAUGCUGGCUCCGUACAUAGCUGAUGGUGGUAAAACUAUUGGCGGUGAUUUUGGGCGUGCCAUGCCGUUAAUGGUAUUCGGUGGACUAUCUACUGCUGCUGGUUUACUAUGCCUUCUAUUACCAGAAACCCUAAAUAAAGACCUUCCUGAAACUAUCGUAGAUGGCGAACAUUUUGCCGAUGAUUCGAGUGAUUUAGAGGAAGGGGAAGAAAAGGAACAGUCCGAGAAACAGCAGGAAGACAAAGGAAUAGUUAAUGCCAUUGCUAAUGGUACGGAUGGUUUAGCUAAAGACAUUUAUCCACAGUUUACUAGAAUGUAG